GAAGAAGAAGUUACAAAAAAAGUCGUUUGUAGUUUUUGCCCUUGCUGCUUGCCGUAGUGGCGGUUUAUUGACUGCAGGCGGAUCACAAAACAAAACAUCUUCAUCCGAUUUCACUCAUUAAAUCAUCUUUCUGGCCGUCGCCAUGGAGGAGGUGACCCGCCUGGUGUCUACUGGAGACUCUGUGAAGAUCUGGGAUGCGGUUUCCAUGGCGCCGCUGGAGCAGUUUAACCCUCACAGUGCCAGCCAUCCCGUCUCUCAGGCCUGCUGGAGCUCCAACAACCAGUACCUGGUCAGCGCCAGCGGCAGCGGAGACAAAGUGGUGGUUUCCAGCCUCAAGUCGACUCCUGUUGCGGUGGUCGAACUGGCCGACGGGAAAAAGCAGACCCGUGUGUGUCUGAGUUCGUCGUCUCAGUUUCUGGUCAGCGGAGGUUUGGAUCACUGUGUUCACAUCUGGGACCUGAAGACCAAACGGCUGCACCGCUCGCUGAAGGACCAUAAAGAGGAAGUGACCUGUGUGUCCUUUAAUGCCAACGACAGCUAUGUGGCCUCCGGGUCCACCAGCGGAGAUCUGGUCCUCCACAGUCUCACCACCAACCUGUCCAGCAAAGCGUUCGGACACGGGACCAACCAGCCGAUCCACGACUUGAGGCUGUCCAUGGUGAAGCGCUCGCUGCUGGGGAGCGUUUCCGACAGCGGCACCGUGGUCCUGUGGGACUCCAACACCCAGAAGGAGCUGCACAUGUUCGACGGCGCCCACAAGGCUCCGGGCUCCGGCCUCGCCUUCUCUCCAACCAGCGACCUGCUGGUGGUCAGCGUCGGCCUCGACAAGAAGAUCGUCUGCUACGACACGGCCAGCAAGAUCCUCCUGAGGUCGAUCCGUGUGGACAGUCCUCUGACCGCCGUGGACUUCAGCCUGGACGGCACCGGUCUGGUGGUCGGAUCCACUCAGGGGAAGAUCUACCAGUACGACCUGAGGAACUCCAGCGCCCCCACCAGGAUCACCGUGGCACAUAAAACCUCCGUCACCUGCCUGCGCUUCCAGAGCAACGCCAGCAAACACAAGUCCAGUAAAUUGGGCUCCACUAAGAUUUCCAGCGCCAAAAGAUCCUCCAUCAAACUGUCCAGCAGCCAACCAGAUCCACCCUCCAGCACAGGCCCCGCCCCCCACAGACAGGUGACCAGCACAGCAGGAGGCGCCGCUGCAGAGGUGAUGAGUCGGGAGGCUGAAGGCCAUCAGGGAGCAGAGCAGCCUCCAGUCACGGAGAAGUUCAGCAGCAUCGGACGAAACAGUCUGGACAUCUUCUCUCCCACUCGUGAAGAUGCUCCAGACUCCAGGAUCCCAGGGACGACCGGAGACACCCCGUUUGGACGAACACACGUUACCAGCCUGGAGAUGCUGUCCAGAGAAGGGGAGGGGCAGCAGCUGAUCGGUCGGGGCAGUUUGGACAUCUUCUCCCCGGUCAGAGAAGACUCUCAAUCAGGUGCCAUCUCUCACCGUAAGACCCCCUUAGGAACCCCCCUGGGAGUCGGCCUGGGAAUCCCCCUGUUCGGCUCCGCAGGUCGAUGCUUCACCCCCCAGUCCGUCCUCCAGACCCCCUCGCCCAUCAAAGAGGAGGAGCCAAUCACGGCCAGAGCUGCUGAACCGUGCGACUCCAGAGAGUCCAACAAAGCCAGCGGUUCCAGCCUGGAAGCAGAGAUUCAGACUCCGCCCACCACGUCCCAGCAGACCAAUCACAGUCAGGCGGCGCCGCCAUUCUUCACUCCAGAGCCCAGCCUCCGGAGAGCCAAUGGGGUUCAAGCUCAGCUGAGCUACGACUCACCUGUCCAGGGAGCUCCGCCCACCAGCACAGCAGGUCUGUCGGCCACCAUGUCGUCGUCUCUCUCCCAGAACAUCGCAGACGUGGUCGGACAGGCAGGAGCUGCUCCCCUCACCUCCCUGCAGAUCCACUUCAUCCAGAACAUGAUCCAUGAAACCAUGGAGGAGUUCAGGAACGCCUGUCACAAAGACAUCAUCAACCUGCAGAUCGAGAUGGUUCGACAGUUUUACAUCCAGCUGACGGAGAUCCACGGCCUGAUAGAGAAAUACUCGGUCAACGAGUCUCUGGUGGAGGAGAUUGAGAGGCUGAAGGAGGAGAACCGGCAGCUGAAGGCCAACUACUGACCUCCGUUACUGAUGGAUGAAACGCUGCUGCCUGACAGCUCAGUCUGCUUUACUUCAUUAUCGCCUGUCUGCAGCAGCAUCAGGUGUGAGUGCCGCUCAUCAGCGUGUUUUUAUAGACGGACCGAGGUUUGAUGCAUCGUCUGCUUGGUAAAAUGUCCCAUCAGGCAUCUUUUGGUGUUGUAAUUUAUGAGAUAAAUGUGAUGUCGCAGCCUGUAAGAGCAGUCGGUUCAUGUGUGCAUUUAUCAUGUUUACAUUUUGUCUAAAGAAUAAAGAAGAUUAAUGGUUAAUACAAA